UGUUGAAGUUCCAGCUCUCCGUCAGGAAGCAGGACAGAGUGGACCAGCCGGGACCCAGAGGACCACACAGCCCACAUCACCUGAUCCCAGCCCGGCCUCCUCUAUGCUGCUGAGCCGGUGAAAACCCGAGCCAUUCCGGGCCGUGUCAGGCCGGGACGGGAUGCCCAGGGAGGAUCCUGCCAUCCAGACACAGGCCACCGCUGCUGCUGCGCUCAUCCUGAGAAUCUAGGGCAGAGAUGGGGUUCCUGCACCAGCUCCACCUCCUGCUGUGGAAGAACAUCUCUCUGAAGAGGAGAGGCCCGUGGGUGCUGGCAUUUGAGAUCUUCAUCCCACUGGUUCUCUUCUUCAUUCUCCUGGGUCUGAGGCAGAAGAAACCAGCGAUCCCCGUCAAAGAAGCCUUUUACAGCGCGGCGCCACUCACCUCGGCAGGCAUCAUCCCCAUCAUGCAGUCGCUGUGCCCUGAUGGACAGAGGGAUGAGUUUGGAUUCCUGCAGUACAAGAACUCGACAGUGACUCAGCUGCUGGAGCGCAUCAGCGAAGUGGUGGAACAGAACCGGCUCUUCACCUCUGACAGACCGGAUUUGGGCCAAGACCUGAAGACCCUGCAGCAGCGCCUGGAGAGUCUCAGUGCUGCAGCGUUACCACCUGAGUACAACUUCAGCAGCAGCCAAGGUCUGAUUCCUGAACCUGUACCGGUCUACAGUCUCGUCUUCGGAGCUUCGCUCAAAGACAGCGGAGGGACCAACAGCAGGAGUCAUGGACCAAAAGGCAUCAGUCAGAGCAAAGUUCUGCAGGUUAAGGAGAAGCUGCUGGGAGGAGUUCAGAGUCUGGAUGGAGGCCUGAUACACAAAGCUCUACAUGAUCCAACUAAAGCCGCCCACAGAAAGGUUCUGGUCCAGAUGAUGUCCUGGGCGCUAGGCCUGACUGCCGCCUCAGACAGCCAGAGGGAGCAUCUUCAGGGGGUUCAGGAGCUGGAGGGAGUUCUCCUGACUGGAUCCAUGCUGGAGUUCCUCACCUGUGGGGAAGGGGGCGCCACUGAGCUCAGGAAGAUUCUGUUGGUGCCUGAGACGCAGCAGGCUGCACUGCAGUCGUACCGCAGUGUGAUGUGCAGUGGGGAGGAGGGUCAAAGGUCAGAGCGCUUCAGGCAGCUGAGCCAGGAGCUCAGAGAGCAGAUCGACACACAGAGUGUCGCUGACAAGCUUCAUCUGGAGCAGCCCGGCUACCUGCCCCCCCUCUCCCAGUCCCACCUGGGCGCUCUGUUGAGGGAUUUGGCUGAUGUAGAGAGGCUCCUAAAGGAUGUGGACCUGCUCUCUGGGCUGGCCCGCCUGCUACCCAAAGGAGCCUGCGCCGGUCAAAACCCACUGUCCCCAGCCAACGGGACAUGGCCCCUCAACACGACUGCAUGGAGCUCCAACACCACCGACGCUCCCAGGGAGGAUGGAGAGGAGACAGGGGAGGGAGGCGGAAAGGCCAAGGCGGAGGAAGAAAACCCUCACUCUCAGUUUUCGGCUUUCGUCCAGCUGUGGGCGGGGCUACAGCCCAUCCUGUGUGGGAACAACAGGAUCAUUGAGCCUGAAGCGCUGAAGCAGGGGAACAUGAGCUCACUGGGAUUCACCAGCAAGGAACAAAGGAAUCUGGGCCUACUUGUUCAUCUGAUGACUGCAAAUCCCAAGAUCCUCUACUCCCCCAUUGGCUCUCAGGUGGACAAAGUCAUUCAGAAAGCAAAUGAGACGUUUGCGUUUAUUGGGAAUGUGACACAUUACACCCGUGUUUGGCUGAACAUCUCAGCCCAGCUGAGGACCUUUCUGGAAGAGGGCCGACUGCAGAGCCAUCUGUUGUGGCUCGAGCAGCUGUCAUCGGAGCUCCAGCAGCAGCCGGACCUGUUGAACGGCACAGACAGCGAGCUGAUUCAGACUCUGAUGAUGGGAAACUACUCUCUGCCAAACACGUCUGCCCUGCUGGAGCAGCUGGAUACCAUCGACAACGCUGCCUGUGGCUGGACACGCUUCAUGUCAAAGGUCAGCGUUGACGUCUUCAAAGGCUUCCCUGAUGAGGACAGCAUCGUCAACUACACCCUGAGCCAAGCCUACCAGGAUAAUGUGUCGGUGUUUGCCAGUGUGAUUUUCCAGACUAACAGGGACGGUUCUUUGCCACCUCAUGUUCAGUACAAAAUAAGGCAGAACUCCAGCUUCACAGAGAAGACGAAUGAAAUAAGACGGGCGUACUGGCGACCCGGACCCAACACGGGGGGGAAAUUCUACUUCCUUUACGGCUUUGUCUGGAUUCAAGACAUGAUAGAGCGAGCCAUAAUCAACACAUUUGUGGGCCAUGAUGUGGUAGAGCCUGGGAACUAUGUCCAGAUGUUCCCUUACCCAUGUUAUACCAGGGAUGACUUCCUGUUUGUGAUUGAACACAUGAUGCCUCUCUGCAUGGUGAUCUCCUGGGUUUACUCCGUCGCCAUGAUGAUUCAACACAUCGUAGCAGAGAAAGAACAUCGACUCAAAGAGGUAAUGAAGAUGAUGGGCCUGAACAAUGCAGUCCACUGGGUGGCCUGGUUCAUCACCGGCUUCGUCCAGCUCUCCAUCUCCGUCACCGCUCUCACCGCCAUCUUGAAGUACGGCAGGGUGCUGCUCCACAGUGACCCGCUCAUCAUCUGGCUCUUCCUGACCAUCUACGCCGUGGCCACCAUCAUGUUCUGUUUCUUGGUAUCGGUGAUCUACUCCAAAGCAAAGCUAGCCUCAGCCUGUGGAGGAAUCAUCUACUUCCUCAGCUAUGUGCCCUACAUGUACGUAGCAAUCAGGGAGGAGGUGGCCCACGAUAAGAUCACUGCCUUUGAGAAGUGUAUCGCUUCCCUAAUGUCCACCACAGCCUUUGGUCUGGGCUCUAAGUACUUUGCUCUGUAUGAGGUGGCUGGUGUAGGCAUCCAGUGGCGCACCAUCAGCCAGUCUCCAGUAGAGGGCGACGACUUUAACCUAAGCCUUUCCAUGAUGAUGCUGAUCAUUGAUGCCGGGGUUUACGCAGUGUUAACCUGGUACAUAGAAGCUGUUCAUCCAGGAAUGUAUGGGCUGCCCCGCCCCUGGUACUUCCCCCUGCAGAGGUCCUACUGGUCAGGCAGUGGACGUGUUGAGACCUGGGAUUGGCCCUGGUGUGGAGGGGGGGCUCCACGGCUAAGUGUGAUGGAGGAGGAUCAGGCGUGUGCCAUGGACCAGCGGAGGUCUGAGGAGAUGCGGGGCAUGGAGGAGGAGCCGACCCACCUGCCCCUGGUGGUCUGCAUAGACAAACUCACCAAAGUGUACAAGACUGGCAGCAAACUGGCCCUCAACAAGCUGAGCCUCAACCUCUACGAAAACCAGGUGGUCUCCUUCCUGGGACACAACGGAGCUGGGAAGACAACAACCAUGUCCAUCCUGACCGGCUUGUUUCCUCCAACCUCUGGCUCUGCCACCAUUUAUGGCCACGACAUCCGGACUGAAAUGGAGCGGAUCCGUCAGAACCUGGGCAUGUGUCCGCAGCACAAUGUUCUGUUUGACAAGCUGAGCGUGGAGGAGCACCUGUGGUUCUACUCCAGGCUCAAGGGCAUGGCAGAGGAGGACAUACGCAAGGAGAUGGACAAGAUGAUUGUGGACCUGGAGUUAUCCAACAAGCGCCACAGCUUGGUCCAGACAUUGUCAGGAGGGAUGAAGAGGAAACUGUCCGUGGCCAUUGCCUUUGUCGGCGGCUCCAGGGCCGUGAUCCUGGAUGAACCCACAGCAGGGGUGGAUCCUUAUGCCCGCAGGGCCAUCUGGGACCUCAUCCUGAAGUACAAACAGGGCCGGACCAUCCUGCUCUCCACCCAUCAUAUGGAUGAAGCCGACCUUCUGGGAGAUCGCAUCGCCAUCAUCUCGCACGGCAAGCUGACAUGCUGUGGAACGCCUCUGUUUCUGAAGAGCACCUAUGGAGACGGGUACAAACUGACUCUGGUCAAGAAGCAAAGAGAAGGCAGAGGCCAGGGCAGCCAGCCGAAGCCUCCCUCCUCCUCAUCGUCCCCUUCCUCUGCGCUGUCGCCCUGCUCAGAAGCUCGGGUCACCCGGUUCAUUCAGCAGUUUGUGGCCUCCUGCCUGUUGGUGUCCGACUCAAACACGGAGCUCUCCUACAUCCUGCCCUCCGAGUCCGUCAAGAAGGGCUGCUUUGAGAGGCUGUUCCAGGCUUUGGAGCAGAGCCUGGCCAGCCUGGCGCUCACCAGCUUUGGAGUGAUGGACACCACAUUAGAGGAGGUGUUCCUCAAAGUCUCUGAGGAGGACCAGUCUAUGGACAACAGUGACGCUGAGAUGAAGAGCUCUCCUGGGGGCAGCUCUUUGGGGAAACUCUCCGCAGGAUCAGAAGUCCAAUCUGGACCACAGCCUGAGACCGAACCCUCGGUGCACAAUGAGAAGUCUGAGGUUGAACUGAGCAAUCUGGUGCAAAGCUCCAGGCUCAGCCAGAGCCAGGCUUCCCUGAGGUCCUCCUCCUCGGUGGGCUCCGUGCGUGGAGAUGAAGGAGGGCUGUAUGCAGACUUCUAUGGAGAUUAUUGCCCUCUGUUUGAAAAUGGCCAGGAGUCAGACUCAGCCAGCCUGAGAGGCGAUGCAGAGAAUCCCUCAGAGCCAGAGGUCCUAGAAGGUCAGGGGAGCUUCAAGCUGGAGGGCUGGUGGCUGAAGCUCAGUCAGUUUCAUGGCCUCAUCAUAAAGAGGUUCCACUGUGCCAAGAGGAACACGAAGGGCCUUUUCUCUCAGAUCCUUCUACCUGCUUUCUUCGUCUGUGUUGCUAUGACCGUGGCCCUAUCGGUCCCAGAGAUCGGAGAUCUGCCGCCGCUGAUCUUGUCUCCCUCUCAGUAUCAUAAUUACACGCAGCCCAGAGGCAACUUCAUUCCCUACGCCAAUGAAGACAGACCCCAGUACAGGAGUAAGCUGUCACCAGAUGCCCGUCCACAGAAGAUCAUCAACACCCUCCGUCUCCCCUCGGGUGUGGGGGCAACAUGCGUCCUCAAGACUCCCUUUAACAGCACCCUGGACCAGCUAGCCCAGACCCUCAACCCCAGUGCCAAUGACUCCAAGACUCUGGCUGCCCAGUACUUUGACUCCAUGUGUCUGGACUCCUUCACCCAGGGGGUCCCUCUGUCCAACUUCGUCCCCCCGCCACCUUCCCCAGCUCCUUCAGAUGAUCCAGACCCUCGUUUUGUUGAUGGGUUGUGGAACUUUACUGUUGCCCCUCCAACUACUGUUCACGAGCCUGUCACAUCUCCUCCCACCCUCCCGCUGUCCAUCCAUGAGCCAGUCCGAUGCACCUGUUCGAUGCAGGGCACCGGCUUCUCCUGCCCCAGUGGGGUCGGAGGACGCCCCCCUCUCAUGAAAGUGGUGACAGGGGACAUCCUGGUGGACAUCACAGGCCGAAACGUCUCCGAGUAUCUGCUCUUCACCUCAGACAGAGUGCGGCUCCACAGAUACGGAGGUUUAACUGUGGGAAACAUCCAGAAAUCCAUCCCUGCAUCCUUUGGGAGGAACAUUCCUCCAAUGGUUCGUAAGAUCGCAGUACGCAGAUCAGCUCAGGUCCUGUACAACAACAAAGGCUACCACAGCAUGCCCACCUACCUGAACGUCCUGAACAACGCCAUCCUGCGCGCCAACCUGCCUGCCUCCAAAGGAAACCCAGCUGCUUAUGGUAUCACACUGACCAACCACCCAAUGAAUCGAACCAGUGCCAGCCUUUCUUUGGACUACCUGCUCCAAGGCACAGAUGUGGUGAUCGCCAUCUUCAUUAUUGUCGCCAUGUCCUUUGUACCUGCAAGCUUUGUGGUUUUCCUGGUUGCAGAGAAAUCCACUAAAGCCAAACACCUGCAGUUUGUCAGCGGCUGUGACCCUGUCAUCUAUUGGCUGGCCAACUAUGUCUGGGACAUGCUGAACUACCUGGUACCCGCCACAUGCUGCGUUAUCAUUCUGUUUGUGUUUGACCUGCCGGCCUACACAUCACCAACCAACUUCCCCGCCGUCCUCUCCCUGUUUCUACUCUAUGGGUGGUCCAUCACCCCCAUCAUGUAUCCAGCAUCCUUCUGGUUUGAAGUUCCCAGUACAGCCUACGUCUUCCUCAUCGUCAUUAACCUCUUCAUAGGCAUCACUGCAACCGUGGCCACGUUCCUCCUGCAGCUCUUUGAGCAUGACAAGGAUCUGAAGAGAGUCAACAGUUACCUGAAGUCCUGCUUCCUCAUCUUCCCCAACUACAACCUGGGACACGGCCUGAUGGAGAUGGCCUACAACGAGUACAUCAACGAGUACUACGCCAAGAUAGGUCAGUUUGACAAGAUGAAAUCUCCGUUUGAGUGGGAUAUUGUGACUCGAGGACUCGUUGCUAUGACGAUUGAAGGCUUCGUCGGCUUUCUCAUCACCAUUCUUUGCCAGUACAACUUCCUGAGGAAACCUCCUAUCCUGAAGGACCUGCUACGUGUUCAGCAGAGCAUCGGCUACUGUCCUCAGUUUGAUGCUCUGUUUGACGACCUAACUGCCAGGGAGCAUCUGCAGCUCUACACUCGCCUUCGUGGGAUUCCCUGGAAGGACCAGGGGAGGGUUGUGCAGUGGGCUUUAGAAAAGCUGGAGCUCUCAAAGUAUGCAGACAAACCCGCCGGCACUUACAGCGGAGGAAACAAGCGCAAGCUUUCCACAGCUAUUGCUCUGAUCGGAUACCCGUCUCUUAUCUUCCUGGAUAUGUUUGGAGAUGGCUACAUGAUAACUGUGAGGACCAAAAGCAGCUCCAAUGUGAAGGAGGUGGUACGAUUCUUCAACAGAAACUUCCCAGAAGCCAUUCUGAAGGAGCGCCACCACACCAAGGUCCAGUACCAGCUGAAGUCUGAGAGGAUCUCCCUGGCUCAGGUCUUCAGUAAGAUGGAGCAGGUGGUGGAGGUCCUGGGCAUAGAGGACUACUCCGUCAGUCAGACCACGCUGGACAAUGUGUUUGUUAACUUUGCCAAGAAGCAGAGCGACAACCUGGAGCAGCAGGACGUGUUGCCCCCUGGUGGUGGGCAGUCCCCCUUGCAGCGCCUCUUUAGCUUCCUGAAGGUUCGGCCUGCCAACACAGAGCUUAAUGCUCUGAUCAGCGAGGAACCAGAGGAGCUGGAGAGCGAUGAUGAUGAAGGACUCAUCAGCUUCGAGGAGGAAAGGGUGAGUGAUCUUUCAGGAACACCUCAGGUAAAGUUUUUCCUGCAUCGGUUCAUGUAAUUAGUGUGGGACCAGUUAAUAUCAGCUUUGGUCUGAAGGUUCUCCACCAGAGAACAGAUGGAGCUUCUCCUCCAGCCUGUGGGAAUGAGUCCAGUCACCAGACAGAGAGGUUGAUCCCAGCUGUUUCUAUCUGGGACCUCUGCCCUUUCAUCACCUAUCCACCAUGGCCUUUUAUGAGGGUCAGGAUAGGGACCAGCAGA